AUGCUACCAAGCAAUAGACUAUUUAAUAGUCAACGUCGACUAAAUUUGGAACGGAGAGGCCAAUCCAUUGAGUUUCGUGCCAAUCAUUAUCAAUUAUCAACGUCUCAAGGUUUUGUACAUCAUUAUGAUGUCAAUAUUAUACCAGAGAAUUGUCCACAAUUAGUCAAUAAAGCAAUUAUUCAAACAAUGGUUGCUGCAUACAGUGGAAUUUUUGGUACCAUUCAACUGGUUUUUAAUAGCAGAGAUAAAAUUUAUACAAGAACUCCACUAUCUUUUAAAAACAAUCAAGUAGAAUUAGAAGUUACAUUGCCUAUUGGAAAUCAUGGUAGAGUAUUCCGUGUUAACAUUAAAUGGUCAGCUACAGUGUUGGAACGCCGAAUAAAACAGAUACCAUGUGAUGCAAUUAUAGAUUUAGAUAUAACAAUGAGACAUUCUCCAUCAAUGACUUGCACACCAAUUUUUCGGUCAUAUUUUCCUCUACCUGAAUUUAAUAGACAUCUGUCGUUUGAUGGUUCAUAUGUAACUUACACUUUCCCAGGUAUAAAUGUUAAUAGAACACGAUCCAUUUCAGCUACAUUAAUUGAAUCGAUGCAUACACAUCUCAGCCAAUAUGCUACCACUGUACAUUUACAACAAAACAGACAAGAAAGCAUUCAUAAACUUAAUUUGAUUGUCAAGGAACUCCUUGGCAUGUAUUACAAUGAAACUGGAGGUCUUAAACCCCGUAGUUUAAAAUUAUAUCAGCAUAGAGUAUCCGAAGAAGAAAUACCUCAUCUACGUUCUGGUGGUAUCAAAGCAUUGCUAGGUAUAAAUGGUACACAGUUAGAGUUACCAUAA